AUGGAAAACAUGUCCGAGGAAACCCACGGCGAAAUGACGGAUCCACAGCACGUCCACCUAAGGUAAGGAGAAAAAAAACGGUUCAAGGGGUCCCUGUGUGAAGGUGUUUCUAUAAAACCGUGCCUCAACCUUUUUCUUUCUGCUCCUUUUCAUUCACAUGAAAAUUUUUCCUUGUUUGUAUUGAAUGUGUCAUAUACUAACAGACUGAAAUAAAGUAUGUACACAGCGCCCUAACUUUAUUGAAAUGAAGUCAUGUGUUUGGAGGUUAAGGCUCUGUUUGUGUAGAUACCAACAGUUUGGGUCGGGUCAGAACUGCUGACAUUCAUACAGCUCAUUCAGACGACUCAGAGAAUGAGAGUAUUUGGAAUUUUCCAAUAUUUAUCAUGUCUCAGAUUUGUGCACAUCAGUUUGUGAAUGACAGAUAUUGUAUAGAAAGACUUAGCUUUCAGACCCUUUACAACAAGAUCUUCAGUGCUUCUCAUCUUUUUCUUUUAGCUUCCCAUCUGAAAGCUCUGUGGAGGAAAUGGCUCAAGACAGACCAGAUCAAGAUGAGACAGAGAAAACGGAGAUUGAUAACAGCAUCAUACAGAGACUUCAAGACAGACCAGAUCAAGAUGAGACAGAGAAAACAGAGAUUGAUAACCGCAUCAUACAGAGACUUCAAUCUGGCUGGAUAGGCACUCUUCAUGUCGUUUUCCUGGUGCUCCUUUUAGUCCUAAUCACUGUCAUUGUUGGCCUGAGCAUCAAUGUUAAGCAGUUACAGAAAGAAAGGAGUCAGCUGAGACAGCUUCUAGAAUCAACACACAUGGGACUGAACCACACCAUGGAAGUAAAUCAAAAAGUGAGCCAGAGUCUGAACUUCACCGUGGAAGAAAAUCAAAAACUGAGGCUGAGUCUGAACUACACCAUGGAGGAGAAUCUGAACCUGAGCCUGAGUCUGAACAACACCAUGGAAGAAAAUCAGAAAUUGAGCAGAAGACUAAACUACACCAUGGAAGAAAAUCAGAAAUUGAGCCUGAGUCUGAACUACACCAUGGAAGAGAAUCUGAACCUGAGCCUGAGUCUGAACAACACCAUGGAAGAAAAUCAAAAACUCAGGCUGUGUCUGAACUACACCAUGGAAGAGAAUCUGAACCUGAGCCUGAGUCUGAACAACACCAUGGAAGAAAAUCAGAAAUUGAGCAGAAGACUAAACUACACCAUGGAAGAUAAUAAGAAAUUGAGCCUGAGUCUGAACUACACCAUGGAAGAUAAUCUGAAACUGAGCCGAAGACUAAACCACACCAAGGAAGAAAAUCAAAAACUGAGCCUGAGUCUGAGCUACUCCAUGGAAGAAAAUCAGAGACUGAGCCGAAGACUAAACCACACCAUGGAAGUAAAUCAAAAAGUGAGCCAGAGUCUGAACUUCACCGUGGAAGAAAAUCAAAAACUGAGGCUGAGUCUGAACUACACCAUGGAGGAGAAUCUGAACCUGAGCCUGAGUCUGAACAACACCAUGGAAGAAAAUCAGAAAUUGAGCAGAAGACUAAACUACACCAUGGAAGAAAAUCAGAAAUUGAGCCUGAGUCUGAACUACACCAUGGAAGAGAAUCUGAACCUAAGCCUGGGUCUGAACAACACCAUGGAAGAAAAUCAAAAACUGAGGCUGAGUCUGAACUACACCAUGGAAGAGAAUCUGAACCUGAGCCUGAGUCUGAACAACACCAUGGAAGAAAAUCAGAAAUUGAGCAGAAGACUAAACUACACCAUGGAAGAUAAUCAGAAAUUGAGCCUGAGUCUGAACUACACCAUGGAAGAUAAUCUGAAACUGAGCCGAAGACUAAACCACACCAAGGAAGAAAAUCAAAAACUGAGCCUGAGUCUGAGCUACUCCAUGGAAGAAAAUCAGAGACUGAGCCGAAGACUAAACCACACCAUGGAAGAAAAUCAGAAAUUGAGCCAGAGUCUGAACUUCACCGUGGAAGAAAAUCAAAAACUGAGGCUGAGUCUGAACUACACCAUGGAGGAGAAUCUGAACCUGAGCCUGAGUCUGAACAACACCAUGGAAGAAAAUCAGAAAUUGAGCAGAAGACUAAACUACACCAUGGAAGAGAAUCUGAAUCUGAGCCAAAGAUUAAACCACACCAAGGAAGAAAAUCAAAAACUGAGGCUGAGUCUGAACUACACCAUGGAAGAGAAUCUGAACCUGAGCCUGAGUCUGAACAGCACCAAGGAAGAAAAUCAAAAACUGAGCCUGAGUCUGAGCUACUCCAUGGAAGAAAAUCAGAGACUGAGCCGAAGACUAAACCACACCAUGGCAGAAAAGUCACAGCUUCAAGUGCAGAUUGAGGAGAUGAAAAUCAUAUUGAAUUCUACUAUGGAAAACCGUGACUCUUUCAGAAAAGACAAAAUCAAAUAUCAACAGCUUUUGAUCAAUGAAAGGCAGACCUCAACUCAACUAAAAGCUGAAAAUCAACGUCAACAAUCAAUUCUGAUGUCGGAGAAACUAUCUUUCCUCUGGAGAUUCUGUGAUAAAGGCACCCUGCAAUGUUCACGCUGCCCUCCUGGUUGGGCUGAGCACGCCACACGCUGCUUCCAUUUGGCAUCACAACCAAUGAAGUGGGAAGAUGCUCGUAGGGAGUGUUUUAAUGAAGGUGCUGACCUGGCUGUUGUCUUGAAUGCUGCAGACCAGGCAUUUCUGACCAACAUGACUUUCCAGUUUACACAGCAGCAUCCAAAUGUACUGUUCCAUUCAGCAUGGAUCGGGUUGCAGGACAUGGUGCAGGAUAACAGAUUUGUGUGGGUAAAUGGUAUCAAGUCCAAGUCAGAUUUGAAGUUCUGGAUGCCUGGAGAGCCAAACAAUGCUGUGGCUCAAUGGGACAAAGACCGUGCAGGACAGGACUGUGUUGUCAUUGUCCCUCCAAAGACUGUUGGACAGAAAGGCUGGCUGAACUCCUGGGAUGAUAUUGUCUGUCGAGGCCAGCGGCACUACAUUUGUGAAACCAAAGCUCUUAUUUUGUCUGGAGUGAAAACUGAGGAAUGA